AUGAGUAAACUUCCGCCAAAGCAAAAAGAUCCUGGCAGCUUUGUUAUACCAUGUUCCAUCAAUGAUAAAUAUGUGGGAAGAGCUCUCUAUGACUUGGUGUCAAGUGUAAAUAUGAUGCAAAAGUCCAUAUAUUUGAAGCUUGGAUUGGGUAAAGCUCGACCAACCACCGUGAUUCUACAACUAGCUGACCGAUCACACGUUCGUCUUGACGACAGGUUUGAAGAUGUGAUUGUUAAAGUGGAAAAGUUUGUCUUCCCAGUAGAUUUUCUUAUUUUAGAAUGUGAGGCUGAUGAGAAUGCACCUAUUAUUCUCAGAUGCCUCUUCUUAGCUACCAAGAUUAUUCUAAUAGAUUGUGAGAAGGGAGAGUUCAUGAUGAGGGUAGCUGAUCAAAGUGUCACGAUCAAUGUCUCCAAUACUCUCAAAUAUGUUGAUGAUUCUGAAGAAUGCCAUUACAUUAAAGACAAAUUUUUUCCAUAUUGA